AUGGAAACGCUUACAAGAGAUGUGCCGUCGAGUAUGCAACAUCAUAAUAGUUCAUCUGUUUCAAAUAUGAAACAUAGUUAUGUUCAGUUGUCCAAAACAUGUUUGGAUGAAGACGCUCAAAUAAAUAAAAAAUUACCAAAAGAGCUUUUACUACGAAUAUUUUCUUACCUAGAUGUUGUGUCAUUAUGCCGUUGUGCUCAAGUGUCUCGUGCUUGGAAUGUAUUAGCAUUAGAUGGAAGCAACUGGCAAAAAAUUGACUUGUUUGAAUUUCAGACUGAUGUUGAAGGUCCUGUAAUAGAAAAUAUAUCACGGCGGUGUGGUGGUUUCUUGCGGCAAAUUAGUUUGCGUGGAUGUCAAUCUGUCGGGGACGGCUCUCUGAAAACUCUUGCUCAGUGUUGUAAUUAUAUUGAAUAUAUAAAUCUGAAUGGAUGUAAGAGAAUUACAGAUAGCACUAGUCAAUCUUUAAGUCAAUAUUGUAAGAAACUAUUGUCAUUGGACAUUGGUUCAUGCUCUAUGGUGACUGAUUUAUCUUUAAAAGCAAUUUCUGAUGGCUGCCCAAAUUUGACCAGCGUUAAUAUAUCUUGGUGUGAUGGUAUUACAGAAAACGGUGUGGAAGCCUUAGCACACGGUUGUCCAAAGUUGAAAUCAUUUAUAUCCAAAGGCUGUACAAGAAUGACAACACGAGCAAUCAGUUGUUUAGCACAACAUUGUGUAAAAUUAGAAGUUAUAAAUUUGCAUGGCUGCAAUAACAUUGAAGACGAAGCUGUGAUAAAGUUAGCCAAUAACUGUAAUUCUUUGAAAUAUUUAUGUCUUGCAAACUGUUCUUUAUUAACUGAUAGCUGUCUCGUUUCCUUGGCUGAACAAUGUUAUCAGUUAAAUACCUUAGAAGUAGCUGGUUGUUCACAGUUUACGGAUAUAGGAUUUUUAGCAUUAUCAAAAACGUGUCAUCUUUUGGAAAAAAUGGAUUUAGAAGAAUGUGUAUUUAUUACAGACUCGACUCUAUUUCAUUUAGCAAUGGGAUGCCCCCGGCUUGAGAAUUUGAGUUUAUCACAUUGUGAACUAAUCACUGACGAAGGCAUCAGACAUCUGAGUACUUCAACAUGUGCAUCUGAACAUUUGGCUGUGCUUGAAUUGGACAACUGUCCUCUUAUUACGGAUGCAUCUCUAGAACACCUAAUUAAUUGUCACAACUUGCAAAGAAUCAUGUUGUACGACUGUCAACUCAUUACCAGAAAUGGAAUAAAACGUCUUCGGACACACUCGCCUAACAUAAACGUACACGCCUACUUUGCGCCUGUGACACCACCGCCGUCUACUGGCAAUAGUCGCCAACAUUAUUGUCGUUGCUGCGCCAUAUUGUGA